UUCACUCAAAAGCCGCUUCGAUAAUAGCUGAAAUAAUCGCACUGUCUGAACGCAUUCAGAUCGCUGCUGUAAUUUUCAAUUAAACCGUUUCAAAAAGCUAAGCUCAUUUCUAUUUUCUUGAUUUUUCCUAAUUAUUUUUAUAUCGUUUUGUUAAACAAUUACUUGAAUCUUGUCCAUUGUUUUUUUUCCGGAAUGGAGGGUACGAAUACAAACCCUCCUCCUUCGAAAUCCAAGUCUGGAUCAAAAAAUCUGACGCCAGACCAAGUGGCUGAAUUGCGAGAGGCAUUCAAUCUGUUCGACACAGAUGGCAGUGGCUCCAUCUCCACCCAUGAGCUGGGGGAGGUGUUGAACACUCUGGGGGAGCCAGCGACGGAGGAAGAAUUGGGCACUAUCAUCGCCGAAAUUGACAAGGAUGGCAAUGGAGAGAUAGACUUCCCCGAGUUCCUGCAGAUGAUGGCUGGCAAACUGAAGGAGAGGAAGCUGGAGGACGAUCUACAGGAGGCCUUCCGCAUAUUCGACCAGAACGGAGACGGUCUAAUUUCCCCGGGCGAGUUGAAGUUCGUCAUGAACAACUUGGGGGAAGAAAUAGACGACGAGGACAUCGAUGUGCUAGUGGCUCAAGUAGACAAAGACGGAGAUGGACAACUCGACUACAAAGAGUUCGUGGAACUCAUGACGUAAAAUUCAUGUCGCAGCAACAGUUCUGAAAAAAAGCACGCAAAAAAAGACUUAUUGUGAUUUCACAAAUUGUUUGUUAUAUCUGGGUUCGGCUUCAUUUUGGUCCUCUUUUUCCAUUAAAAACUGCAAUCAUAUUAUUUAAAACUUUCAAUUUAGAAAAACGCACCUCGGUUCCAAAUUUUGUCAGCGACAGAUAAA